CAUUUCACCUGACUCGCCGCACGCUGCAGCGUUUGUUCCCGCACUGAGCGGCCGCUACGGUCCUCGCUUCUGACUCUGCUCCUCCUGGGUCCUGCCACUGCCAUGCCUCGGGGAAGCCGCAGCGCGGCGGCCAGGCCGGCCAGCCGCCCAGCCCACCCUCCUGCUCACCCACCACCCUCAGCGCCCGCCCCGGCACCUGCCGCUUCGGGCCAGCCGGGCCUUAUGGCUCAGAUGGCAUCCACCGCAGCUGGCGUAGCUGUGGGCUCAGCUGUAGGGCAUGUCAUGGGUAAUGCCCUGACCAGCGCCUUCAGUGGGGGAAGCUCGGAGCCUGCCCAGCCUGCCGUCCAGCAGGCCCCUGCCCGUCCUGCCUCUCACCCCCUACAGAUGGGGCCCUGCUCCUAUGAGAUCAAACAGUUCCUGGACUGCUCAACCACUCAGAGUGACCUAACCCUGUGUGAGGGCUUCAGCGAGGCCCUGAAGCAAUGCAAAUACAAUCAUGGUCUGAGCUCUCUGCCCUGAGGAGGCCGUGGGCCUGCUCUCACCGUAACCCCUCACCGACAGCUUGACCAAGAUGAGAUUGUACCUGGGACUGGGAGUCAGGAGGGUAAUUCUCACCCCACAGAUUAACAAGAGACAUAAAUGUUCAAUUAAAGCAUUUACUUUAGAACACA